AUGGUCGAGAAGCUCUACGUCACGUAUAACGAUGUCCACAAGCUCUGCCAGGAGUCCGCGACCGAGAUCCUCGAAAAGUUCCAGCCGCAGCUGAUGAUCGCCAUUGGCGGCGGCGGCUUCAUCCCCGCCCGCAUCCUGCGCUCCUUCCUCAAACAGCCCGGCAGCCCCAACAUCCCCAUCCAGGCCAUCGGCCUCUCCCUCUACGAGACCCUCCCCGAGACCCUCGGCGGCGUCGCCACCCCCGACGGCGCCCCCGAGGUCCCCGGCACAAAGGUCACCCGCACCCAGUGGCUCGACCUCAGCGCCCUCGGCGAGAUGGAGAACCUCAUCGGCAAGCGCAUCCUCAUCGUCGACGAGGUCGACGACACCCGCACCACCCUCGAGUACGCCGUCAAGGAGCUCGAGAAGGACGUCGAGGCCGCGAGGCAGCGCAUGGGCGGCAAGGGCGAGAAGACCCAGUUUGGCAUCUUUGUCCUGCACAACAAGGACAAGAAGAAGAAGGGCGUCCUGCCCGAGGACAUGAUGGCCUCCGGCCAGUACUUCGUCGCCCGCACCGUCAAGGACAUCUGGAUCAACUACCCCUGGGAGGCCAUCGACAUUGACGAGCACGACCGCCUCGGCGCCGGCCAGGCUAAAUAG